GCCGAAAUCGGAACGGAACACAAGAUUUAAGAUACAAAAAACGAAGUCGGUUGUGCGCGCGGAACUUCAUUCCGGUUAUUUUUCGUCGACUCAACAAGUAUCUUUCACUCGAUCGCGCGGUGAAAAUACAUGGCAUGCGGUUUCGGUAGACCAAUAUAUUGAAUAUUUCGUGGAUUCGUUGGAUUUUUGCCUCGAUUUCUUCUCGGCUCCAAGUCCCCGCGCUGUAUCUCACGCACACACGCUUGCCCCGAGCAUAAACACGGAUACAGCUGCACAGACACAGUAGAUCACAGUGGAGUUCGGUUGGAAAACAAAAUAUUAUAAAAAAAAACGGCGACAAGGAAAACAGCGCGUUUUGAUUUUGGAAACGGUCUCAGAUUCAUUGCAUUCGCUUAAAUUACAGUUCUGAGCCGCGUGUGAGUGUGUGCGAAAGGUGAUUUUUGUUGGUGUGUGUAACGCGUGCGUGUGUGUGCUGCUGCUGCUGCUGCUUGGGAAAACGCGAGAAAAUAACUCCGACUAACUGCAAAAACUACGGCCAGCGUUGAAAAAAAAACCCACUGAAAUCAACUCAAAAAAACAACUCCAAAAAGUUGGCGCUGGUCAAACCAACAACAAAAAAGAGCGAAGAAAAAAAAAAAGAAAAAAUCGAGCUACAACAACUGGCUGCGGCAACUACAACAAAUCAAACGGCAACAAAAGCAACAACAACUAAACCCAGCAAACGGCAUUCUUUCGCGCAACAACAACGGCUCCAAAACGAGAGACGGAGAGAGAGAGAGAGCAAACACACACAGAUACACACACACACACACAACCCAAUAUCGCUCGCUCUCGCGUGUGUAUGCGUGAAUUUUGAUUAAAAAAAACGUGCUCUCCCGCUCCCACACUGACCCCCCCAACCCCCACACACACCCUCGUUUCAUCGUGCGACGCUGGAAUGCGGCCCGUUCGCUGUUGACUGCGCAGUCGCAGCGCGCGUCGCGAAGAGGUCAGAAAACAACAACGAAAACAACAAAAAUACAUACCAAACACAAGCAGCGCCAACGAAAUUUUUACUGUUAGGCAUUUAUCGAUAGCCAAUCGAUAGAUUUUGUUUUAAAGAGUGCAGAAAGAAAGAAAGAAAGCAGCUACAAAUUCAACUUGAAAACUCUAUUUUUGUGGAUUACGCGAAACAGCAGCAGCAGCAACAACAACAAUGCCGACAACUGCAGCGGCUGCCUAAGCAACAUAUUUCAAACGCGCGCGCUGUAUACGGAAAAUGAUGCAGCAUGCGAGCAUUUUGCACCGUCAGCGCGCCCCUGGAAGUAUGCGCGUCCUCAGCCGAGCAACUAUCACCAGGCUCGCGAUUCCUGGCCCUGAGACUUCUGGGGCAGCAGCAGCCGAAAACCCUGUACUUCCUAGUCGAUGCCAAGAGCCGCGUUCGAGAGGUCUACACGCAGACAUGUCUGCACUUUGCCACGCAAGGGAUGCUGGACACCGAACUCUUCGGUCUGGCUGUGCUCAUAGAUGGCGAGUACAUGUUUGCAGAUCCCGAGAGCAAGCUCUCCAAAUACGGCCCGAAGAGCUGGCGAUCCUCGCACACCCACGGCCUGGAUGCCAAUGGACGACCGCUCCUGGAGCUACACUUUCGCGUGCAGUUCUACAUCGAGAGUCCGUUCAUGCUGAAAGAUGAGACCUCCCGCCACAACUACUACCUGCAGCUGCGCCACAACAUCCUGCAGCGUGACCUGCCUCGGGAGCAGGCCGAGCAGGCUUUAGUCUUCCUGGCUGGAUUGGCCCUUCAGGCCGAUCUGGGUGAUGCUCCGCCUGGAGCGGGCAACUCCAAGGAUGACUCGGGUGAGGAGGCCUCACCUUCCGGCGGAAGAGGAGGAGGCUUGAGUGCCACCACCACUCUACCCAAGAUCAGUAAGCGUGCCAAUGAGCGGAUGUUGAGGCUCUCCACCUACGUGGCUUCCACGUCGAAGAGGGAAUCCAUACCGCUGCCACCCAGCCUGCCCACAAGCGGAGCGGAUUACUUUCGGAUAGAGGAUUACCUGCCCAGUGGUUUGCACACUCCCUGGGCGAGAAGUGCUUUGAGAGCAUGCCAUCGGGAGCACUUGGGCAUGGCCACGCCGGAGGCCGAGCUGUUGUACAUUCAGCAGGCUUGCAGUCUGCACGAGACCAUCAAUGCCCACACCUACCGGAUGAGGCUGGCCAAGAGUGAGCAGGGAUCGGGCAGUGCCUGGUUUGUGGUCUACGCCAAGGGCAUUAAAAUCCUCGGAGGAGAAGCCGUCAGCAGCAGCAGUUCGUCAUCCUCCAGCCCGGAAGCCACUACCUUUCUUUGGCCAAACAUAACCAAGCUAUCGUUCGAGCGGAAAAAGUUUGAAAUACGUUCCGGGGAGAGCAGGAUCACCCUGUAUGCGGCCUCCGAUGAGAAGAACAAGCUCCUGCUGACCCUCUGCAAGGACACCCAUCAGUGGAGCAUGAAGCUGGCGGCCAGGCUUAAAGAGGUGUCUAAGCGGGAGGAGGAGGAAGCAGCCGAAUCGCAGAGACUACAUGCCAGCUAUGCCUGCUCUCGAAGCCUCCUAUUGCCCUACAAAAGCAAAAACGAGCAGCGCAUCUCGGUGAUCUCGAGCACCAGUUCCAAUACCACCUCCGGCAUUGUCAGCGAUCGUGUUCACUCCGAGGAUGAGCUGGAAAUCAUGAUUAAUACACCGCCGGCCCCUCUAGCAGCUCCUUCGACGGAAAGUCUAGCCCUGGCUCAUCUCCUGGACCGGCCCAGUGUGAGCAGGCAAACCUCGAGCGUGGGUCAGAUGUCCCUGAAGGAUUUGGAGGAGCAGCUGGCUGCGUUGAGCGUGAGACCACCAGAUGCCAACUCCAAUGGGGCAGGAUCCCUGGCAAACUCCUCGGUUCAGCGGAGCUCCUCGGGCACAGCGGCCAAUGAUUCGUCAACGGCCACCGAUUCACCUAGUUCGCAGCACAACAUUGGCUCCCAGUGCUCCUCCACAUGCAGCACAGUAGUGGUCACUUCACCUACUAGUAAUGGAGGCGGUGGAACAGCCUCCUCAACGGGUGCUCCUGUGCCAGUGCACUCAACUUCAUCCAGCCUGGAGCUGGGCUUUAGUCAUACCGCCCAGAACUCCGCUCUAAGCGAGGCGAAUCCCGAGGACUUCCUCUCAACUUCGGCGCGAGAGGAGACGGAAAGUGUGUCGGGUGUGUCCGGGGUGUACACCUUGGCCCAUGGGGCACCGCCCACCGAAACCUCAGGGGUUUACACGAUGCACAGCAGCGAGCUAACCGGACAGUCCUCGGAGAUGGCCGAGUCGGAGAAGAGCUCGCACUACGGCAUGUUCCAGCCGCAGAAACUGGAGACUAACCAUGUGCCACAUCCAGACUCUGUGGAUGGCAAGAAGAGAGCCGAGUUUCGACUGCGUUCGGACUCCAACAUCAGCACAGGCAGCUCCUUCCGUGGCGAUGGCAGUGAUCCCACGGACAACAAGCAUUCCCUGCUCUCCGCCGAGGAGCUAACCGAUUUGAUAGUGGGCCGCGGAACCUAUCCCAGCAGGAAGACGGUGUCCAACAGCCUCCACUCGGACUGCGACUAUGUGACGCUGGGCAAUCAGGGAGGCGUGGAGGAGGAUCAUACGGAGCAGGAGCUACCCCCAGCACCGCCGCCACCCUACAGUGCGCGCCACGAGAAGACGGGUCUGUGUGGUCCACCGAUUUCCAAGCCAGUGCCACCGAAACCCAUUGCUGUGGUGGCACCCAAGCCAGAGGCACCCCCAGCACCGCCAGCACCUCUGCCUGCACCGCCAGCUGCCUUACGUCGCCGUGAUCCUCCGCCAUAUCCCAGCUCCAGCAAGCCCAGGCCCACAUCCCUGAUAUCGGUGAGUUCCUCGGCCAACCCAGCGCCCAGUGCAGCCGGUUCGAUGAGUUCCCUCAAGUCCGAGGAGGUGACGGCCAGGUUUAUCACCACGAGACCCCAGAUCAGCAUCCUGAAGGCCCACACCAGCCUCCUGCCCGAUGGAGCCAAGCCCAGCUAUGCCUCGCCGCAUCACUGCUCCUCGGCGGCCUCCUCCAGUGGCUCGGUGUGCAGCCACCAGCUGAGUCAGCAGUCCCUGCACAACUCCAACUAUGCUGGCGGAUCCCAGGCCUCGCUGCAUCAUCACCACCUGCCGCCGCCGCCGGCUCAUCACCGGCACUCGGGAUCGGCCGCCAUUGGGAUACCGAUAGUUCCAUACGGGCUGCACAAGAGCACCGCCUCGCUGCACCACCAGCAGUCGUGUGUGCUCCUGCCGGUAAUCAAGCCGCGUCAGUUUCUGCCUCCGCCGCCGCCCAGUUUGCCCAGGCAGCCGCCGCCACCGCCCCCGCCCAGUCACUCGCACCUGGCGGCGGCAAGUCAUCUCUAUGGUCGCGAGCUGGCCAGGAAGCAGCUGGAGCUGUACCAGCAGCAGCUGUACAGCGACGUGGACUACGUGAUCUAUCCCAUCCAGGAUCCGGCUGUGAGCCAGCAGGAGUAUCUGGAUGCCAAGCAGGGUUCCCUGCUGGCAGCCAUGGCCCAGGCAGCACCACCGCCGCCUCAUCAUCCUUAUUUGGCCAUGCAGGUGGCUCCGGCGAUAUACAGGAGCACGCCCUACCUGCCCUUGACCUUGUCCACCCACUCGAGAUACGCCUCCACCCAGAAUCUGUCGGAUACGUAUGUACAGCUGCCGGGAGCGGGCUACUCGCCGUUGUACUCCCCCUCCAUGGCCAGCCUGUGCUCCUCGUAUGAGCCACCACCGCCGCCGCCCCUGCAUCCGGCUGCCCUGGCAGCAGCUGCAGCAGCGGCGGCUGCCUCAGGCUCGGGCGCCUCCUCCUCGAUGUUUGCACGAUCGCGAUCAGACGAUAAUAUUCUGAAUUCGCUCGACUCGCUGCCCAAGGGGAAGCGUCUGCCGCCACCACCGCCGCCGCCCUAUGUGAACAGGCGGCUCAAGAAGCCACCAAUGCCGGCGCCCAGUGAAAAGCCACCUCCAAUACCCUCUAAGCCCAGUGCCAGCAUGAUGAACCUCCUGCCGCCCAGGAAGCCGCCUACGCUGAAUCCUCACCUGGCCAACUCGCCGCUGACAAAGACCUCCAGUGGCGCCCAGUGGGCAGGAGAGCGUCCGCGUCCAGACUUGAGUCUGGGUUUGGGUUUAAACCGUGGGAAUAACAGCAUUUUGGCCCAGUUGCAGGCCUCCAUGGCUGCCGAGUCUCAGGCCCAGGCUCAAGCUCAGGCCUUGGACAUUGCUUUGUUGAGGGAGAAGAGCAAGCACUUGGAUCUGCCGCUUAUCUCGGCUCUGUGCAAUGAUCGCUCCCUGCUGAAGCAGACUAAGGUGAUGGUUAAUCCCAAGACAGGCCAGGAGAUACCCAGUUCUAGUACGCAAUCCUCGGCGAGUGCUGCCACCACCAAUGGCAACUCUCACUCAACAGGAGGAGGCGGCACCCUGAGCAAGGUGAGGAAGGGUUCAACUGUUAGCCAUCGUCAUCCGCAGGAUAAGUUGCCGCCCUUGCCAGUGCAACAGCUGGCGGAGGCCAAUAACUAUGUGAUUGAUCCCGCCGUGAUGAUGAAGCAGCAGCAACAGCAGCAGCACAAGACCAGCUAGACUCGCCAGGAAACGGAAGUGGAGGAAGAAAAAGGAUGUCAAGCCGACACUCUACUCUCUAGUUUGAUGUACGGACGCUGUGGUGUAUCUGUGUUGGGUGCAGGGAUCUUUUUUUCGUUCCCAAAAUUUGCAUAGAGAGUACAAGUGAGUGUGUUCGAUCACAGUGUUUCGGAGGGGUAGCAAGGGGAAUUCCCCGGAAAGGGUUAACAGCAGCAGCAGCAGCAGAACAGUAACAGACGUCAAACUAAUAGAAAAGGAUAUCAGAGUGAGAUUAGAGUUUCUGAAAGACAAGCAAAAAGGAAAUAAAGCCAGUUUUUAAAACCAUUUAACAACUUAUAGUAACAGCAACCACCUAGUAACAGAGAGUCAUUUAAACAUUCCAUAACAUUACGUAACAGUAACAGAAGCCACGUAACAACUUAACAGAGUCAAGGUCAUGUUAACACCAGGACGAAAGCGAGAAAGCAACUUAACCUCAAAUACGAAUAUUCAAAUAAUCAGAGAACCCAGUCUAGUCACUUAAGGGAAACGGUAGGACAAGGACACAACAAUGGUAAAACAGAGGGAAUAUAUAUAUAUAUCUAGAGAGAGAGAGAGCGAAAGAGAGAGAGUUAGAAGCAGGACAACAAAUACUCAAGUAUAAAAUACAACAACCACUACUUAAUUAACCAACUAAAGCUUAGUAGAACCUUAGUCUUUAGCUGCAAACAAAAAAACCUAGUUAGGCCAGGAAACAAAGCGAAUACUUAAAAAACUAACUAAACUACUUCCGCCCAAACAACUGUGAUUGAUUUUAUUUAAACACUUACACUAACUUAACUCGUACAACUAACUAUUUUUUAGUCAGCCAAGAACAAAAGCAAAAACUAUGCAAAUUUUUUUUUUAAAAAGUUAAGAAGAAAGUCUCCCACACACACACAAAUACUCACAACGAAAGGAGCUAGCCAUGGUCGAGGGUGUUUUUUCACCCGGUUCAUAUAUAUAUUUUAUAACCGGUUUAGGAACCUCCUUUCCUAUGGCUGGAACCCAAAAAGAACUAAAGAAUUUCAAGAGUGCCUAGACUUGCCCCCAAAAAAUCCCCACCGUAGCGAGUAAGCAAAGAAAAAAAAGCUAGAUAGAUGGAUGUUUUAUUUGAUUAUUAUUUUUUAUAUCCACACUUUGUUUAUUUUUUAUUAUUUUUUGUUCGUUUAUUAACACCCCAACCCCCCACCAGCAAUGUGAGAGUGUGCGUGCAAAAAUGAUGAUUUCAAGUUGUCACAAAUAUUUGCGUAGAUUUUUCUCGUCUAAAAGUCUAUGGCUAAAUUGAGGAAUUGUGAUCUUUGAGAAAAUGUUAAAUUUUUUGCCAUAUAUCUUACAUACACAUAUACAUAUAAAUAUAUAUAAAUAAAUAUAUAUAUAUAUAUGCAUAUAAAAUUAUACUUAAUUUAUUAUUAUUACAAAAAACAACAAACCAACAUUCAAAGUAAAGCGCAUUUAUAAAGCAAAUUCGUAUACGAUAAGUAAAAAGCAAGUCCUUUGAGUUGUAAAAAUUAUAAUUUGCAAAGAAAAUAAAAUGAAAAAUUCAAAUGUA